AUGUUACGAUGCUUUUUUAAUGAAUAUAAUCCAUUAAUUAAAAAUUGGUGCUUAAGUUCUUAUCGUGAUAAACAUACACGUAGAGAUCAUAUAAAAUCUAUAGAAUCAGAAGCUGUACCAUAUCAUACAAAUAAUGGUAGGUAUUUAAGUUCACUUAUGUUAUCAAUAAUUAUUGUUAUAUACGCUCUUCUUUAUAUAUUUAUAAAGUUUAUAAAAUACACAAGAUUAAAAGUUGGGAAAGGUAACACGGAUAUAAAGGAAUAUUAUGGUUUCUGCAAAGAACUAAUUAGAGCAAAAUGA